AUACGUCUUUUGAGCAACUAAAAUCUGUUUUCUCAUCUGUUGGGAAAGGAAAGUUUGAAAGACUUGCCUUGGGUGUGCCCGUGCUGUGGUGUCCGGUAACUUCUGAUGUCCCUUUCUUGAGUGAAGUGCGUUUUAAUCUUUGCUGUAUCACAGACCCAUAUACUUUUCAUUCUGUCCUGUCUUCAAAACUGUAUGAAAACUUGGAAUUCCAGGAAUGCAUGUGGCCUAAUAUUCUUCUUGCUUGUGGUCAUGAAAGAUCACUGGACCUGGCCACUGCAUACGAACAGGUAGCAGAUGUGGAGGUAGACAGGUUGAAAGCCUUACUGCUUUCCAUUGCAGAAGCACACUGCUUACCUGUGCAGUACAAGUUAUCAGAGGAAGCAAGGUGUGUUCUUCCACAACUAAUGUCCAAGUUCAAGCAGCUGGCAUUAAGUUGGAAUUGCCGAGUGGCACUGUUCAAGACAGCCACUAGUCAGAUCUUUCGGUUGGCUGCAGCACUGUAUGUUUUGGAUGGUUGUCUUAGUGCAGUGAUUCAGCCUGAUAUACGCGAGUAUGAAAUACCUGCAGCACAUGUUUGGGAAGCACAUGACAUAGUGAUGCACACACUGCGAAUUAAAGCAGAGUUUCUUGAAUGUCCGCUUCGAGAUGAGUUGUUCCACACUGUUGAGAGUCCCAGAACAUCCCAUCAGAGCAACAGCUUUCAGCAUUGUGCAAAUGGAACAGUAUCCAAUAUUUCUGUUUCUUCAGUUUUCUGUGUGGCACCUGAUGUACAGAUGCAGCCAAACCACGAGCAAGUUCCAGUACCUGUUCCGAUUCCUCGUGAGCUUUCUGUGUCUAUUGUUCAGUCGCCAGCACGGGACAAUGAACUAAGUGGUUCACACAUCUCGCUACCAGAACCACAAGAAUCCUUCAUUUCAUUCAGCUCUAUUAUUCCAGAUUCGGAAGAGGAGUUUGUGGACAAAUUUCACUACAAAAUCAGGCGGCUGCUAAUAAGUGGGAAGACUCUGCUCACACCAACAUUAGUGGCACAAAUGAAGUACGUUUCAGUCACUGAUCCAAACAUCCCUGGGAAGCCACGCUACCCCACACAACUAGCUGCCCUUUUUCUUGAGCGAGUUGCUGCCUUGGGAUUUGGCACCAUGCUAACAAGACAUGACAGCCACUCCAAAAAGCUGUUGUUUCGGAAAACAGACUAUCAGCAUCUUGGUCAGGCUCAGUUAAAACUUCUUCAGAACCUUCGUGUGACGAGAGAACAGUAUUCACAAGGCUGUCAGCGACCACGUGCAGCUUCAUAUUGGGAAACUGGAUCAGGUGUACCCGUCCGCUUGCCACAUUCACCACUGAGCCAUUCACAGAGCCUUCCUAUCAAGCAAGAGGUCAUUGACAUAAACUAAAGAACAAAGCAUAGUUUUUUAUGUGUCACUUAUUAAGUGAUAUGCCCUUUCCAGCUGCACUACUCUAAAGUAGCAGUGUUAGUUUCCAAGCUAAAGCCAUGACCUCAACUAUUUAGAGACUGCUGCCGCCAAAUACUUGAUUUUUGUAAACAGUAAGCUCCUCAAGUGUUGGUCAUCUGUUGAUCCUUCUUAGCAAUGAUUUCCUAAUUUAAGUUUUUUUCUAAGUUUGUGCUUUGCACAUUCUAGACCAUUUAAACAUUUGUACCAUUGAUUGACAUGACUGGCUCAUGACGUUUGGAUGUUCAUCCAUCUUGUGAUGACUGUGCAGUGCAUAAGUUAUGCUUUUCAUUCCAUGAGUAGCUGUAGAAAAACUGGUUUUGACCCAUAAAUUAUCUGUGUGACUUGCAAAGUUAACUUAUCCAUUGAUUGUUUACAAUGAAAUCUGCUGGUUAUGCACCUCAAGUCUAUUGGUGACGAGUGAUAGUUUUAGUGGAAGGUGUUCUACAUAAAAAUAAAUAAGUAAAUAUAUAUAUAUAUAUAUUCAGCUUCCCUGCGUGGUAUGUGCGGCAUCGGUACGCGAAGUAUGUAUGCACGGCGUAUGCACACGCGCAUUUGCCGGCGCAUAUAGAGAAUAUAUAUAUAUAGAGAGAAUUCACCUUGAGAGCUCUCUGGGAAUGCCUUAGAAGGCAUUGUAUAAUGAGUCAUUGGCACGUUUUAACUACUUGGAACAGGUUGACAAAAAUGGGGCAAUUUUAUAGUGGAACCAAAAUAGAUUUUGAAAAAUUGUAAUUUUAAUGGGGUGAUUUGCUGUCAUGGCUUACUGUGGUCAUGUCGAAUGUCUUGUGUUUCAUAGCAUAUUAGUUUUUUGCACAUACGUGGAAGGUUGUGAAAUAGCUAAGACUGGUUAUGUAGUGGUAUCAAGGAUUACAUGUUAGGCAAAUAUAAAAUGGGAGCUAAAACUGUUUUAUUGUAUUUUAUUUGUCAGUUACUCAUUUAAUUUCUAUCCCUUGCACUUUAAAGGCAUGAUCCUGUGACAUAGUUGUAUUUUCUGUUAAUUUGCAAUUCUGCUCUUGCAAAUAUUUUACUGGAAUAAGCAGUCAUUUCCUUGUGUAAUAAGCAGGUGUAUGUGAUAAUGCUUUCAUUACAUUGUGUAUGUACUGAUCAUGAAAUAUGACCCAUUGACUGCUGCCCUUUUUUGCAUUCUCAGUUUUAUACACCCAAGCUAUUUUACCAAGCAUUGAUAUGCAUGUGGACUAAAUUUUAGCACAACAUCCAGGCUAUCAAUAUAUGUCAGUUGGCAUUGGUUGAGGAAUAGUUCAUCCUGUCUACACAGGGUGCACAUAAUUUUGCUGCAACUCAGUUUGGUGACGUAUUAGUGCAGCUGUAGUUGUAGAGGUGGUUGUGUUUAACAGUAGUCCUACUUUUUGUUCUGGGAAUGUUAACAUUUUUGUUGCAUUGAUGGUCUGGAGCUAGACUGCGGGCUAUCAAAUUCUUCCAUUACUUUCUGCAUUUGUGAUAAGAGAUUCGUUAACACAUUAUACACAAGAAUAGCAUCAGGCUGUAAGUGUUGCUUUAAAGUGUAAUAACAUAUUUGUGCUAUUAUGUUCACUUACUUUUGAGCUAAACUCCUGUUUUAUCCAGUGCUUCCAUUGAAAGGGCUAGUAGCAGAAUCAUUUAUGCCAGCUAUCAGAAGUGAAAUUGAACAAACAAACAAACUUGAAGACCUGUGUCACAGCAAAAGGAGAACAAAAAGACUGAAAUUAAAUACUGUAAUGUUCCACAUAUGCUACAAGGUGUUUCCACAUUUUGGCUUGUCAAAUUUGCUUAUUUUAUUUGGCUACCAAAGGCUUUAGGGGUCUUAUGACUGAAAAACUGAGUGUUUUUUGGUUGUGUUGUAUGUGGAUAAUUUCUUUUCUUGGGCUCCAAAAUUGUCUCUUGUAUUAUGUUGAGUUCAUAUUAUAUUUUGGUUAGGCAAUGAUAUGGGAAAUAUGAGAGCCAGGGUUUCAUGGGGUGUAGAGAGUAUGCAGACUUGUCAAAAUUAAUUAUUGAUUGUGCAAAAAUAAAGCUGUUCAAAAGCAGAGAUUGCCAACAUAUUUUUGCAUUGGUCACUUGUACAGCCUUUUAAUAUCGGAAACCGGUGUCAUGAAAUGUGACAACUCACAUAAGGUGCUAAUCAUGUCAAAAUGCGGUAGCAGAAACUGUCUAAAUGCCUUACAUUUAGUGAUAUAAAUAUUGCUCAUUCUCGUAAGGUUAAGAAAUUCAGUAGUUUCAGUAGUUUCUAAAGCAAUUUCAUUAUUGCUUUAGAAACGAUCCAAUAGAGAGUGUUGAAACCUUUGAAAAGGGUGCAAAGAACGACAAUAUCAACAAGGGCUCAUAUAGCAUGCUGUAUUGUUUCAAGCCAGCCACUGACUCAAUCUGGCGCUUUGUUUUGAAAGCUGUAUUCAGACGUAGGAGCCUUUGACGUUUUCAAACUUGUUAUUAUUUGGACAAGUGUGCAGUCACUGCCAUGUUUAAACCACAUUUAAGCUUUACUGCUGUGAUUAUGUUGGGCUGCGACCACUUUAUGAUUACCAGUGGUGUCUGAAUACCAAACAUCACACUGAAGUAGCAUUAUUUGCCAUUUUAAUAAGUGGAGCUGUUAGCUAUGUGCACUUCGCUGCUGUGGUGGUGUCUGUACUGUUGAACCUGUGAACAAUUUGAACUACCUCCCAAAAUAUUGCCUUGUCUCUGUCAUUCUUACUUUUUUUAACAUGCUAAGCCUGUCACAUAUGCCAGUUGUGCAUUGAAGCAUUGACCGGCACAUGGUCAGCGCUGUGUCAAGGUGCGUACCUGUGAAAGUAGCGAGGGUCGGCGCAUGUGUCCAGAGUGUCCUAGUGUCAGAGCAUCGUCUUCCAGGCUAUUUCAUUGAACCCAGCAUAGCCCCUGCUGUUUAUGAGCUCGUCUGUCGUUUGCAACCACUUUAACCAUUGUGCUUGCAGGAGCACGUGCACAUUUAUGAUUGUGUUGGAAGCGGAUAAGCAGCAGGGGCUACAUCGAGCUAAACGAAAUUCGCUAGCACAUGAUGCCCAGACAAGAGCUCUGUGUGCAAUGCACCUGCUGUCACUACUUCCGUAGCUUUGCUCCGUGACACGGCGUUAGCCAUCAUGUUGGUCGACGCUCCCCGUGAAAUCAUUAACAUCUUUAACAGCUGUACAUAAUUUUCCUUGUGCCAUGGCAACUCUUUUUUGCAAGCCGCAAAUCUAUUACUAUGACAGUGGUGCACCACUGGUGCAACUCCUGCUUUCUGGUGGUAGCUAUUGGUGUAUUGCAGGAGGCUAUACAGAAAUCUGUCCUGAUGAAAUGUCCAUACAUGUUGAUGAAAAAUAAUUGGAGGCUCUACUCACACGGAAUGAACUGUGUGUUGCUAGCAGUUGUGUAUCCUAGUCUGCAUUUAUCAUUGUAUCUAAUUAAUUAAGCAGUCCUAAUCAACUGGCAUUUAGGAAAUCCAAAUGAUAUUUGAAUUAAUGAGGAGCUAGUGAGGGGGUGUAAGUCUUUGAAAAAAUAGAUGUGCUGCCUAACAACACAUCGGCACCCUGCUUCUGGACACUAUGUCCAGUAUGCAUUCACGUUAAGCAAAAGUGGUUAGCAUGUCAUAGACACUUCAAUUUGCAUGCCUCUUGAGGCUUCUCAGUUUUCUUAAUGACACAUCAUCAAUAAGUUACGAAUUAAAAUGUCAUUUCAUUAGUUUUGAUUAUUUAAUAAUGUGCCGUGGACAAAAGUGUGAGCAACUAUGGCACAUAAUUUUUGGCAACAAAUUAUUCCUCAUGAGUAGAGCCUCUCAUAAUUUUUAGAAAUUGUGCAGACAAUUUGUAUCACCACAAUCCACUAUUAAAGUAUCAUCAUAUUACUUGCCCUUCAUACAUUUCAUCCCAUUUCGAUCACAUGUUUAAAGUUAGUGUUCCAUUUUUAACAGCGAAGCUGUUUAAGCUAGCCGUAAAAAGUAUGGUGUUUCACAGAAAGCCAGUAGCCAUUGCAACCAGUGACACCGCAGCUGCUAGAACACCUGGCACAACCUACUGCCUGUGUACUGAGCAUGCGCCGACAGCGAACGCGUUUCCCGCAUUUCCUGCGUUCGCGCCAGGGAAACGCGGGCGAUGCGGCAGCAGCUCGGAGACACUGCGCGCAACCGGUUUCCGCUGCCGUGCAGAGAUCUACGCUUGCGCUGACCUUGAGGCAACAGCUAUGUAAACGUGGGCGCCGCGGCGCUUCAUCAGUAGAAGCCAUGGGACGCCCAAAGGUAGAUAGUUCGUACUCCCGAAGAAGAGGCUGCGCUUCGCGAUAAAUUCCGGAAAAUGCUGUGGAUGACUUGGUAGUGCUUAGCCUAGCCCAAAAGUCAGGACUAGCUAGGUGUCCAUCAGCUCUGCUGUCUCUUUAGCAUUGCGCCUCCAGUGCAAGCUACGCUAUUUUUUUAGAACAAAAAUGUGUCAUGGUUCUUUUAAUCCCAAGACCAGCGCCAACUGGAACGAUCUUCCUCCCUCCAUCGCUGCCAUUUCUGACGUUGACAAUUUCAAGACUACUGUAUUUCUGCUGUUUUGUAGAAUGCAUUAUUGUGUAAUUAUGUACUGUUUAUUUUUUUUUGUACUUACCACUCCUUUCUGUAAUGCCUUCGGGCCAGGAAAGUAUGCGAAAUAAAUAAAU